AUGUCUUUAUCACCCUCACGGUCACCAGCUCCGGCGACCACCACUUUGCCUUUGUUGCCACCGUCACCACCACCUGUAAUUAAUAAUGUAAGUCCUCCUCCUCCACCAUUUAUUACACCACUACCAGCUCCUAUUUCUUUGCCAUCGUCUCCUCCAACUCCAUUAUUGUUAACACCACCAGUCCCUACGCCUCCAGCUCCAUUAUUGUUACCACCACCAGUCCCUCCGCCUCCAGCUCCAUUAUUGUUACCACCACCAGUCCCUCCGCCUCAGGUUUCUUCUCCACCGCCCACUGCCACGUCAGCACCACCUGUAACCUCUCCAUCUCCACCUCUUCCGGUUGAAGCUCCUCCACCUCUACACAAUGCAAUACCACCUGCUCCUCACGUGAUCAUUUCUCCAUCACCUACACUCGAGUCUCCACCAGCAGCACCAGCAGCACCACCAAAGCCUCUAACUCCUCCACAACUUCCAAUAACACCAUUAGUCCCAUCAACUUCUCCUCCACCAUCUCCACCAUCUCCAUCUCUACAAUCUCCAUUGCUUCCUGCAAUUUCACAAACACCACCAACAGUUUCUCCGCUACCUCUGGAAACUUCUCCACCUCCUCAGGCAACGCCAUCUUCAACUAUUUUGCCGCCGCCUCCUUGGCCUACUGACUCACCACCUACAUUAGUGUCUCCAUCACCUCUCCCUUCUUCUUUGAUCACCAUUCCCAAAACUCCAUUCUUUGGUGCAUCUCCACCACCGCCAUUGCCUUUAGUAACUCAAAGUUCAACCAACACACAACAUUUUCAUGUGUCAAUAGGGAUUUUACUUGCAUGUGUGGGCGGUGGAAUCAUUUUACUACUUGUGCUUGGCCUUUUUUGUUUUUGCUAUGAAGAUAAGAGGAGGAAGGAGCGUAGGCCUGUGCAAGAUUAUUCUAAACCGUCGAACUUGGCACCAAAAGAAGGUGUUUUUCUAUCCAAACCUUCACAGGAAAAUGUUCCACCACCAGGAGACCACGUCAUCACGGUGCUACCAAAGCACUUAGCCCCACUGCCUUCGGUAGGAAGUUAUGGUUCCAGUGGCUCAGGGUCUGUGGAUCUGAAUACACCUCAAGCCUCUGGUGCUGCCCUAAGUUUUGCAAGAGGCAGUUUCACAUAUGAUGAGUUGGUGGUGGCUACCAAUGGCUUCUCUGAGGCCAACCUUCUUGGAGAAGGUGGUUUCGGAUACGUUCACAGAGGUGUUCUUCGUAGUGGGAAAGAAGUUGCAGUUAAGCAGCUAAAGAGUGGAAGCCAUCAGGGGGAGCAAGAAUUUCAAGCUGAGGUUGAGACAAUUAGCAGAAUCCAUCACAAACAUCUUGUUUCAUUAGUUGGAUACUGCAUUACCGGAGCUGAGAGAUUGCUUGUUUAUGAGUUUGUCCCCAACAACACAUUGGAAUUUCACUUACAUGGAACAGGACAGCCAAUUAUGGAUUGGGAAACAAGACUCAGAAUUGCCAUAGGGUCUGCAAAAGGAUUGGCUUAUCUUCAUGAGGACUGUAAUCCUACAAUCAUUCAUCGUGAUAUCAAGGCAUCAAAUAUUCUUCUUGAUUCUAGAUUCGAAGCAAAGGUUUCUGACUUCGGACUUGCCAAAAUGUUAUCUGAUACCAAUACUCAUGUCUCCACACGAGUGAUAGGAACUUUUGGAUACUUGGCUCCAGAGUAUGCAUCAAGCGGUAAACUAACAGAUAAAUCAGAUGUAUAUUCCUAUGGGGUCGUGCUUCUAGAGCUUAUAACUGGACGCCCACCUAUCACUACAAUAAAUCCCUAUUUGAAUGAAAGCUUGGUUGAUUGGGCGAGGCCACUGCUAAAUAAAGCUCUAGAGGAUGGCAAUUUUGAUGCUCUUGUUGAUCCAAAAUUGGAAAAGAAAUACAAAUACAAUGAGAUGGAAAACAUGGUUGCAUGUGCUGCAGCUUGUGUGCGCCAUUCGGCAUGGCUUCGACCUAGAAUGAGCCAGGUAAUUCGCGCUUUGGAAGGAGAUGUUUCUUUCACAAAAAUUGACGAAGCGAUCAGGCUACGAGACAGCACAAUUUACAGUUGUUCAGGAAGUUCAAACUAUGACUCCCACCAAUAUAGGGAGGAAAUGAAGAAAUUCAACAUGAGUUUGCGGAAGGAAUGUGGCAUCAAUGGAUACAGUGAAAGCACUAGUGAGUAUGGUCUAAACCCGUCUGGCUCCAGUGGCUAUUCCAGCAGACAAACUGAUAUAUAAAAGAAGCUAAGAUAGAGAUCCGAUGUAUCAAAACUUUUGAUCACUAAUUGAUGUAGAUUAUUGUUUCUUGAGUGAAAAUUCUAACUUGAUUUUCAUUUGCUUUAUUAA